CGAGAACUGUCCCCCAGGCUUCCAGCAACGCAGGGAUCCGUGGUCCCGACUGGCUGCCGUUGCAAGUGAUUGCCCUGUGAUGGGUACCAUCUAAGGAGAGAGGGGGCUGUCUCUGAAAGAGCAUCCCUCCAGAGCAGACAAGAAGAGCUGGGAGUUUCAGCCAAUUGCUGUGCUUGCCCUCCGGGAAGAUGUCUGGCAAGAGAUAGGCUCACGGAGAUCCAGCUGACUCAGCUGUGCUCCUGUGGGAAAGCAAGACACCUGUCCCCAGCAUGGCCCUGACGCUGUCCAGCAUUACCUACAUCACCGUGGAGAUUCUCAUUGGGCUCUGUGCCAUCGUGGGAAAUGUGUUGGUCAUCUGGGUGGUCAAACUCAACUCCAGCCUGCAGACCACCACCUUCUAUUUCAUCGUUUCCUUAGCCCUGGCUGACAUUGCUGUUGGGAUACUGGUCAUGCCUUUGGCCAUUGUCAUCAGCCUGGGCAUCACAAUCCACUUCUACACCUGCCUGUUCAUGAAUUGUCUGCUGCUGAUCUUCACCCAUGCCUCCAUCAUGUCCUUGCUGGCCAUUGCUGUGGACCGAUACCUGCGGGUCAAGCUCACUGUCAGAUACAAGAGGGUCACCACUCAGAGAAGAAUAUGGUUGGCACUGGGCCUUUGCUGGCUGGUGUCAUUCCUGGUGGGAUUGACACCCAUGUUUGGUUGGAACAUGCAACCGUUCCUGGAGUACAACCAAAAUGCCACCUACAUUCCAUGCAAAUUCCGUUCUACUAUGAGAAUGGACUACAUGGUCUACUUCAGCUUCUUCAUCUGGAUUUUGAUCCCUCUGGUUGUCAUGUGUGCCCUUUACCUUGACAUCUUCUAUGUCAUCCGGAACAGGCUUAAUCAGAACUCUUCCAUCUCCAAAGAGACGGGUGCAUUUUAUGGACGCGAGUUCAAGACAGCGAAAUCCCUGUUCCUGGUUCUCUUCUUGUUUGCUUUGUCCUGGCUGCCUUUAUCCAUCAUCAACUGCGUUCUCUACUUUCAGGGUGAAGUAUCAGAAGUUUUGAUAUACUUGGGUAUCUUGCUCUCCCAUGCUAACUCCAUGAUGAACCCUAUUGUCUACGCUUGCAAAAUAAAGAAGUUCAAGGAGACCUACCUCUUGAUCUUUAAAACCUGUAUGAUUUGCCAGUCCUCUGAUUCCCUGGACUUAAGCACCGAAAAGUCUUCAGAUGUCGUCCUCCAUGGGAAAUGACUUUCAAGACUCAGACUUCAGAGACACCUGAGGACCCAGGCAUGUGGACCAGGGCUUUGACAUUCCUUGAUUCCUUCCACCGAGGGGGAGAGCAUUUGGCGGGAUGCCUCCAGUUGUGCCUCUCCCACCCUCUUCCUCUAAAGCAAGGACCUUCCAUAGACCUGACUUGAGGACAAUGUACUAUUGUUGCAACUGCCUCCUGCGUUCCUCCUUCCUGUACAAAAGGAGAACCAGGGAGUCUGAAGGUGCCUCUCCUUCACCUACUGCUUGAUGUGUUUGUGAUGGUGACUCAGUUAGACUCUGUGACAGUGUCUAAGAACCCUGCGCUCAGGAGAAGUCCAGGGGAUGUUGGGAGCUCAGGGUGUAAACUGCUAAGUCACUUGUGAAUGCAUGUGAGUGAAUAAAAAAAUCACAGUUA